AUGACCGAGCCUAGGGUGAUGAAGGGUGGAGGAACUGGCGCUCGGGAUUUUGAUCCCCAGAAACGUAGGCGAAGGCGAUUUCCACCGGAGGACGUUCUUCUGAUCAUUUUUGCCGCCAAGGCAAGUUCGAAGUGGCGGAACGGAGUGUUGGUGGCGCGUCUAGGUACUUGA